AUGCCUUCGCAACGCCGGGUCAAGGUCUUUGCCCUGUUGGCAGCUCUGGCCGUUCUCAGUUUCAUCUAUCUCUCUUCAGCUGCCUCGUCUACGCGAUCGAGCCCUUUCUAUACCAACACGGCAACUGCCCUCAACACAAAGCACCAGGAAGCCCUGGACCUAGAAAACCACCUCAAGAUUCAAGAGGCCCAUGAGGCCGCCGAAAAAGAAAAGGAAGCCGCCAACAUCCGUGAUCCCGAUCUCGCUGCUGUACCUGGCCAGAAGGUUGGAAAGGACCAGAAGCCGUUUGCCGUCGAUGUCGAGGAAGCCGCCGAGAAAGCCCAAAAGGUCGCAGAUACCGUCAAGGAGGGCGUCAAGGAUGCAGUCCACGGAGUUGUCGAUGCCGGCGAGAAGAGCGUUGCCGGCAGGAAGAUGAUCAAGGGAGAGAAGGGCUUGAAGGACGACGGCGUGGCAAAGGUUGGAAACACCGGAGCACAACCUGCGCAAGCCGAACAUCCCGACGAGUCCGAGGAAGAACACAAGGUCGAGAUUGAAUUGAACUCCAUCUUGAAGAAGAGCCCGAGUACGUUCAGGAAAGACAAACCACGUUUACAUUCACUGACAGGUGCCUACNNAGUCGUCAUCUUCUCCAAAAGCUACUGCCCGUACUCGAAGAAGGCAAAGGCCAUUCUGCUUGAGCAGUACAACAUCGUGCCCGCACCUUAUGUCGAGGAGCUCGACCUUCACCCUCUGGGCCCUCAGUUGCAAGCGGCGCUUCUCAAGACAACAGGUAGACGUACAGUUCCUAACGUUCUGAUCAACGGCAAGAGCAUUGGUGGAGGCGACGAUAUCGCAAGUCUGCACGAGGAUGACAAGCUGAUCCAGCAGAUCAAGGANCUUGGGGGCAAGCGCAUCAUGGAGGUGUCAAAGGCCGAAGCCAAGGCAGCCGUCAAGUUCAGAAGCUGA